CACAUAAUUCACCUUGUUCUCUUUGCAGUUUGCCCAAUUACAUCACAAAUUAGAAAAUAGAAAGAUAUCUUUGCUUAGCAUAAAGCAGAAUACUCGAUACGUACUGGAGAAGUCCAAAAAGGGUUCCGCCAAUAAGCUAAAUAAGAAAGAUAUGGUGUUUUGUUUGUUUCCAUUUAUUUAAAACUCACUAUAAAACGAUUUAUUAAAAGGAGACUAUUCAUAUAAUAAAACAUAUAAUCACGCUAAUAAGGUCUGUAGAUGGGGGAAAUUGAUUUAAAUCGUGAUUUGGUGUGUGUAUUAUUUCCCGGCAUUGUUAACAAUGACGAAAAAGCUUUGCAGUGUCUGGGUGGUAUUAAAAAUAUAUCUCAGGUGUAUUCACAGCCAAAGAAAAAGCGCCUUGGCUUAUCAUAUCAACCAGAGAACCCUUAUGUGAAGAGGAUAUUUGCUGACACUCAAACAGCUGCUGGUGUGCUGCUGAAGGUCAGAGUCAAAAAGAAGAAAGUGGGCAGUGAUGUGCAAAGAGAAAUCAUUUCUACAUCCAUCUUCGGCAGGGUGAAGAAAAUCUAUAGAUUUGAAUCAAUGUGUGACUUUCAGUACAUGCCUGUACACAGAGAAGGCAAAGGCUCAGUCCAAUGCCUUUUAGAUAAAAUCUUACCGAGUGGCAGAGACUCCAUUGACGUUAUGUCAACUCCAUGUCCUCUACUUAUAGUCCCAAAUAGCUUCACUAGAUCGGAUAAACCUAUCUCGUAUGCGUAUACGGACAAACGUUACGGUGAGAAGAGAACUGAACUGGAUGAUGAAGGUACCAUCCAUCGCAGACUUCGUGUUGAGCGUGGACGACCACUGACACGACAUGAAUUCAAUUUAAUCGACGACCUGCCCACUGAACCUCAUGAGUACUUCCUGAAGCAGAAAGCAGUAAGGCUGUCUGUUUACUCUGCAUUAGAAGAAGAGUUUCAAAUUGUUAAAAAACUCUUUGAAGAAAGACCGAUUUGGUCGCAGAACCAAAUAAGAUAUCAAACGAAAAUCAAACUAUCCUCGGUCAAGGUAAUCCUGCCCUGUCUUUCAAUUUACAUGAGGAAUGGACCAUGGCGCAUGAUGUGGAUCCGAUUUGGUUAUGAUCCUCGAAAAGAGCCUGGUGCGAGGUUCUAUCAAACUUUGGACUUCAGGUUGAGGCAUCAAGCGGGUGUGCAUUCGAUGGUGAUGACGCGCGACCGAAUAAUGCACUACAAGAAGUCUGAUCGUGUAAAACAUAAUCCAAAACAACACCUAGGUGAAGCUCUUUUGGGAGAUGAUAUUAACGAAGGUGCUGUGUAUUUCCGACCCGGGAUGGCGCCUACACAGCGACAGAUCUAUUAUCAGUAUUGCGACAUAAAGCUGCCAGAAGUAGAAGAGAUGCUAGCUAUCGAGCCGCCACCUGGCUACCUGUGCCAUCAUAAGCGCGGCUGGUUAUCACCAAACACAGAUGAAAUUUGUCGCGACCAUAUCUUCCGAUAUGUCAAGUUGACUUUGCUUGCUACGCAGAAUACUGAUCUUAAGUUUGAACAAGGCGAGAGUAGCGAAGAAGGAUCCAACUCAGACGACGACGCCUCAACUUCAUCAGACGGUGCUUCUAAUUCUAAUACAUAGAUUUCAAUAAGCCUUGCAUUGCGUUUAUUAACAUUAACUGUUGAAAAGUUACGUUGACAAGUUUGCAAAAUUGAUAUUACCUAAUUAUAUACACCCAUAUCGUGUUGUGAAAGGAAUUCAGGCUAAUGUUAUUACCUUUUAUAUUUAAUGUUAAUUUUUAAAUUCUGCGACGUCUAGACAUAAUAUAAGUUGAAUAUAUUAAAAAAGUAACUCUUGAGCCCAAUAUAGAUAAUAUUCUGGACUCCUAUCAACAAACAGUAGUAUUGUUUGUACUAUUGUAAGAAUAGGGGUAAAGUGUUUAAUUGCUGUUCUAACAUUCCACUUUGUAGUGAAAUAAAAUCCUUUGUGUUGGACUAGUGCCAUUAAUAUUUAUAGGUGGGUAUAUUGUAAAAAGAUUCAGAUUAAUAUUAUAUAAGAAUAAUAGAAUAUAAGCUUUAUUGCACACAAA